AUGAUGACCAUUCAGAAGUGGUACCAAGGCGUUUGUCCUAACGCCGGGAAAGGCGCGCCCAAUUUCGGAGCUUUGGCGGGAGGUACUACAACGUCGUCGACCGCUGCGACGCCAGGCCCAACAACAUCAACUGCGACGAUUGCACCAAGUGCAAGCGCAACCAGUACGAGUCAGCAGGAUUCGAAUAGCUCUACGAAUCCCACACCGGGGCCUUGGAUGUCUACUCACUGGCGCUGGAUUGUCAUGCUCAUCGUGAUCAUCAUUGGCCUCACGGCUGCCGCCGUUGGAGGCUGGUUCUUCCACCGCCAAUACCACCGCAAGCGUGAAGCCCAAUGGGCCCUUGGAUCGAGGGUGGACAUGACGACGUGGGGACCGGGCCAGAGCGUGCACGACCUCGGCUACUAUGGAUCGGGGACAGCCGCAGGGGCAGGGGCUCCAGCAGACAAAGGAAAGGCUAGGGAGCAAUUGAGGGGAGUGAACCAGCCGCCGCCUGCGCGCAUGAAGGAGAACAGGUUGUCGAAAUUCUGA